AUGGCCUCGUUCAUGAACAAGCGGCAGGCGCGCGUCAUUAAAGUCUCGGACGAAGAUGUCGAUCCAUCCGCGCCGUCCGACAAUGACGCCACAGAAGAAGAUGCUCCUAGGGUGAUAUUCGGCACGAAAACCGGGAAGAAGCCGUUUCGACAGUCGGGCUUGCGAAAGAGCUUCAACCCUGCCGACGGAGAUGUCCUUGGCUUGGAAGAUGGAGGUGUCAAGCUCGACGACGAGGCGGAUGGGCCGGUUGUCGUUCGGCCAAACGUGAGCAUGAACAGGUCUGGCUCGCUGAAACAAAAAAAGAGGAAACCAAAAUCUAGGCUUUCGUUUGGUGGCGACGCGAUGGAUGCUGGAGAGGACGAGGCCGAGGAACUCAGCACGCCGAAGCGGGCGCCUCUCGGAUGGAAGGCCAUGGAGAAUAGCGCGGCGAGGCGAGGCGUGCCUCUGCGGGGGCUUGCCGGAAGGACAUUGCAGGAUGAUGACGAAAAACCAAGGUACAGCAAGGAGUAUCUCAGCGAGCUGCAGUCCUCAACGCCGAACACGCCACGCGACAUCUCCACGCUGCACAUCGACGACGCCGACGACAUGGAGCUGGACGAGUCGGAACUCGAGGGGGCCCUGAUCGUCGAAGCCCCGGCGCCGUCUCCGAAGCCGACGACGCAAAUACUGACCGACGUCGAAAUACGCGAGCGAAAAGAACGGCGGGCCCGACUCGCCAAGGAGCAGGGGUUCCUGUCGGUCGAGGACGAUGACGACGAGGACCGGCCAGGGCGAAAGAAGAAAGCUGAUACCCGAUUGCUCGCGGAAGACGAGGAUCUUGGAGAGGGAUUCGACGACUUUGUCGAGGAUGGAGGCUUGUCACUCGGCAAGCGGGCCGAAAGGGAGCGGCGAAAGCAGCAACGUCGCCAGAUGGCCGAGCUCAUAUCCGCCGCCGAGGGCCACACGUCCGACUCGUCCUCGGACAGCGAUGCGGAACGGAGAAUCGCCUACGAAUCGGCGCAAACGAGAGCAGGCCUGGACGGCCUGGAGAAGCCGAAAAAGAACGCGGCAGACGAGCUACUGCGGGUGCCCCCCAAGAUAACGCCUCUCCCGAAUCUGACGGAAUGCCUGGCUCGACUGCAGGCCACCCUGGCGGGCAUGGAAGUGGACAUUGAGUCCAAGAAGGCGAGGAUAGAGCAGAUCCGGUGCGAAAAGGAAGACAUUGCCAAGCGGGAGGCCGAAGUCCAGGCCCUACUUGACGAGACGGGUAGGAAGUACCAGGAAGCAAUGAACCGGGGUGCGCCGAGCGGCGCCGCCAGGGGCGUUGAGGGACCGGUGGAGAGGGGUUUGGAGAGUUUGGGAACGACGCCGAUGCGGGUGCAUGAGGACAUGGAUGUGUCAUGA